UCACUUUUCCAUUUCCACAUGUGUAUUGAUUAAUUGAUUUUCAUUCAAUAAAUAAAUGUGAUUGUAAUUAAUUAAUAGUAACCCCAAAAAACAAGUAAUUGAAAGGUUUUGCCUGGAAACAAUGGCUGCAUUAUUAGAGGUUUUGGUGACCAGUGAUUCUAAUAACACAUUAUGGACAAAUGCCAUUUGGGACCCGCACACCGGUACCAGUUUGAUGACAUACAAAGGAGGUGGAACUGCCGAAAAUAAAACCCUUACUUCCAUCGGUAACGAUUACUUAGCCGCUGUUGAGAAGACAAAGCCGGUACUACACGUGUGGCCUGUGAAUUCUUACCAAACAGUGCAAGGCAUGCGUUUUAUAUUGCCGGGCAAAGCUACGGCUUUCGCUGUAACUCCUGAUGGAUCUUUCAUGGUAGCUGGCAUAGACGAAAAAAUAUAUUUAUGGCAAACAGCGUCGGGUAACCUCCUUACGAUUAUAAGCAAGCACUACCAAAAAGUUGCAAUGUUAAAGUUUACACCAGAUGGCCGGUACUUUGUGUCCGCAUCAGAUGACGGAAUAGUGAUGGUUUGGUCGCUAGCCACGGUCUCAGCACAUCCUGAAGUAGACCUUGUGUCUCAGACAUCAGCGGGCCAACAUGAUCCUGUGUACAUAUUUUCCAACCAUUCCUUGCCUGUUACUGAUCUAUGUAUAAGCAAGACGGGCAUGCAUGGCCGCUUAAGUACCAUAUCCAGUGACCGAACUUGCAAAAUUUAUGACUUGGCAUCUGGUGAAAUGUUAUUAAACUUAGUAUUUGAUGUCCCUCUAUCUGCUAUCACAUUUGAUGUUUUAGAGUUGAAUGUAUUUGUUGGGACAACAGAAGGGAAGAUUCACCAAUUCAGUCUUACCAAUCCUCCAAGAACUAGAGAUGUCUUAGUGAAUACUGAGAGUAAUUGUCCUACAUUCUCUUCUCAUACGAAAGCCGUGACAUGCUUGUCUGUGUCUUUGGACGGUGAGACUCUGAUGUCAGGCUCAAAUGAUGAACAAGUCAUACUUUGGCACAUACCUAGCAAACAGCCCGUGAGAAUAAUAAGACAUAAAGGCCCUAUAACAAAUGCCUUCUUCACAGUCAAUAAUCCAGCUAUUUACAAACAGGAAUUCUCUCCAAACAUUGUCUUGCAUGGAUUGGAGAGGACAUUAGAGAAAGAUGCAGAAGAUGUUACCGAGAUUGAAAUACUUAUUAAAAACAAAAUUGAUUUCUGGCCUGAUGCAAUUGGAGUUAUUGAAGAUACUGUAAUCUCAAAGGAGGUGGAGCAUGAAUUUAAGUAUAAAGAAGAAGGAUUACAAGCAGAGAUUAAUAGAUUGAAAACCAUUAACUCGAACUUGUAUGCAAUAGCUGUUCAAAAAUCAUUGGAAUCUUUGCCACAGGAAGCUGAUACCCCCAGCAAGAAUAAGAAAAAGAGGAAGAGGAAACAAAAAUCUUCUGAAUAAAUGUUUUUCUAGUUAUACUCUAUAAAUUAAUAUAACCUACAUAAUAUCUGUAAAA